UUUAACGUAAAGUGGUAAAGUGCACAUGGAUUUUAUGGACUCUUCUAUCGUUGAUUUGACGUGGAUGAUCUAUAAAUUGACGUGGAGUGGCACAACAUAUUAAUCGCUGUCCUAGGAUCGGCAUUUUCCUAUCUCUGGAUGUGGGCAAGGGCGCAGUGUUCUGAUCUGCAAAUUAGAGCCCUGGAACACUAGAACGGAAUUCUUAGAAAGUUACUUCUCAGAACUCACAGAAAAUGGCAGCUGCAGCCGGAAGCUUUGAAAAGGUGAAAACUUUCCUUGAGUCCAGAGGUAGGAAAGGAGUAUUUGUUGAAUUCGUUCAUCCUGAACAAAAUUGACGAUAAUGUGGCUCCUCAAGUUGAACAACAAAAGCUUGUGGAGCUAGGGUUGGCGUAUGGAGAUAUAUUAUCAUAUCGGCUGAUAUUUGCACUCCCUGUGGUUGAAGAGAAGUCCUAUCAUGAAAAGGCAGAUGAACUAAGAAAAAUAUUGAAAAGAGCCCACUCUGGGAAAUAUGAUAUUCAUAACCAUCCGAUAACUGUAAGGGAAACCUACAAAGUUAAUGUUGAAUUGAAGUGUAAAGAUAAGUUAUCAAAAUAUAAAAUGGAAAACAACCAGAGUUAUUUGACACUAUUUAAUCAAUCUACAAAAUACCCUGAGCUACAUGACGAAAUACGUAAACACUAUGAUAUACCACAGAAAGAUCAAACAUUUGUUGGUAAUUAUAACGGUCACUUUCUGGAGCAAGAUUUCGUUGAUAUAGAAACAUAUGGUUUGAGUUGUAGAGACAAAAAAAAAAGGAAUACAAGUAUAUUUAUACUAUCCUAAAUCAUUUGCGAAGUUGGAGUUUUCAAAUUUGUGCAAUAAGUCAUAUUCAAGCAUGUUUGAAUUAGAUACAGAAAUUAUUGGACCAGAAGAAACAGUAAUAUCAUCUGCAUGGGCAGAAGGUACCUCAACAAUUACUGUGCCACCCAGCUUACCAGGAUCGAAUUUUGUUGACAGAAGUAUAUGCAGUGUUUGUUCUUGUACGUAUAUUGGUAGCUGUCUACGCUGUGAGCAAAAUGAAAGUUACACAGCAACUUUGCUAGCAGAUCAAACAGACAACAUUAUGACAGAGGAUACUUUUUUAGCAUCACCCGAUCCAGAUGCUGUGACAAAUACUGCCAAAACUGACAUAGAUGUAAACAUAGAAAAUUCUACUCUUUGUGAUUUGAGAUUGAGACAUUUUUCAAGAAACACACAAAAACCAGUGAGAUAUAGACAUUCAAUUGGCUCACCCUCAUUGUCUCUUCAACUAGAAUCAACAGAGAACAGUUCAGCAUUUGGUGAUGAUGAAGUGAAUCGUUUUAUGGAAAAUUAUGAGACAGAUAAUUUUGAUAAUGCUACUCCACAGUUUGAAGAAACAGAAACUGAUUCUAUCGCAUUUAUGCAAAACUGUGAAAGCUACUUCACCAAUUUACCAAAAAUAAACACAAAGCAUAUCAUCAAACAACGAGAUUCACAGCGUUUUUGGCCUGUAUUAUUACGUCAAAAUUUUGAUCUUUCGUCUGAAAAAAUAGCUAUCAGAUUUGCAGGUGAACCCGGUGCUGAUGCAGGUGGACCGCUGCGCGAAUUUUACUCAUUGUCAAUGAGACGGUUUACCACUAUCCCUGGGGUAUUUUUCGGAGAUGACAAAGGAUUUUGUUUCAAAUUAAUGCCAGAUGGUGUAUUAAAAAAAGUAUAUUACAAGCUUGGGCAGUUAACAGGUGCAUCUAUUAUACAUGUUGGAAGAGGUCCCGAAUGUUUCUCUGAGCUCAUUUUCAAUGCAUUGUAUGAUUUGCCAUAUCCUGAUAAAAUAACACCAAUAAAUGAUGCAGAAUUCAAGUAUAAAUUGGAUAAACUUGAGAGUGGCGAGAAUGAAGAUCUACUUGAUUUGAACAUUGUUCCUGUACCUGAUAUCGAACAAAACAAGCAAGUUUUUUCAAUCAGUUAUUUAGUGAUGAAAAAUCGUGCUGCAAUAUCACAAUUUGGAGAAGGACUAAAAAGUAUAUGUCCAGAAUUUAUGUUACAAUCCAAUUGUCACACUAUGAAAGCUUUUUUAUUGCCAGAUGAAAAGAUCUUAACUCUUGAUGAGCUUCUUGUUAUUCUAUGCUUUCGCAACGUCGAAGAAAUUGGUUCUAAUUUACACCGUGAUAUUUCCAAUGCCAUUUGUGACUGUGAGCUGUUUUUAGCUGAUGUUGCUAAUGGAAACUAUGAUGAGAUAUCUCUUAAAGACAUACUGUUUUUAUUCACUGGAAUGGAUAAAAUUCCAAGAAAGGGUUUGGAUAAAAACAUUGAUAUUUUUUUAACUGUGAUUUCAACUUUACAAAAAUUUCUACAUGUGGACUUAAUGCUACUCUACCAACAAAAAAAGUUGAGCAUAAUCUGAAGAUUGCUGCUAAAUUCGGAGGGACUGGAUUUGGUGUUGUUUAAAAUAUUCGUGUUUUGUAUCAUAUAUUAUUGAAAAAAUGUUUUUAGUCUUUUUUUAAAUGAAAAUUUUGUUAUCAAGUUUUUUGGUAAUCACUUUUUUUAGGACUCUUUAGGAUUCUUUAGGACUUUUUAGUGUAACCUUAUAACCCCCAAGAGAUCUCAGUUCUUCAUAUACGUUUUAUUGAAAUUUUUUUGAAUUUGUUAAAGUGCUCCCAGUGAAAACGAGCGAAUUUCGCCUCUUUUAUGAUAUUGGAAAAUUUAUUGAUUGUUAUUCUCAUGAUUUAUAUGUGAUAUUUUGUUUGGAUAUGUUAUGUUUCAUCAAAGAGACUUAUAAAUGUUUCUUUU